UAGCGUUUCCUGUAAUGGCGGGCACCGGCGAAUUUGACUACGAGGUGAGAGUAAACGAUUUCCGUAGAUAACGACAUUGUAGGCAAUGAAAGGAGACAAGUACAGUUGAUAGCCUCCUUGACAAGCGUAUUGGGGAUGGUUCCCAAGUGGAAUACCUAGUACACUGGAAAGGCUUCACCGCUGACUGGGACACAUGGGAACCAGCUGACAACCUACAAAAUUGUAAACAGAAAAUUAUAAAAUUUGAAAAGCAAAGGAAGAAGAGUGCCGCUAACACGCAAAAGAUUGUUAAGAAACUUGUAAACAAGAGUAAAAUGGCAAGGCAAGAUCAAAGUUUUGUUAAUUCAGCUAAAAAUAUUAAACAGUUGAAAAAAGAAAUGAAACUGAAUAGCGAGAAGAAGAAAAAGACUGCUAAACCAAACAAGAAUGUGGCAAUAUAUUCUAUAGAUAAUGUUUUAGAAGCAGUAGUAAAUGGGACAAGCACUAACCCAAAAUCUAAGAAGAAAAAGGAUUCUGUAACCCCAAAGAAAAUCGUAGUUAAAGUUACCCCAUUAAAAAUCAAAAUAAAAAGAGAACAUGUUGUUACUCCAACUCCUAAGAAAAAGAUUACUUUAUCUUCACCUCAACAGAAAAAGAAAUUACAGUCGAGCUUAAAAUUAUCUGCUUCUGUAAGCAAGAAAGGAAACAAGAAUAGUUUGCAAGGUAAGAGAAGGAAAUCAGAAGGUGAUGUUCUUCCUAAUAAAAAAGAGGGAGAUGAAGUUAUGAAUGCAAAGAAUUGGACAGCAGUUGAUGAAGAAAUUUCAUUUUCAAGCGACGAUGAGCCAGUUGAAAAAUUGAAGGUGAAAAAAGUGAAAGACAGCAUGAAGCAAAAUAAGAAAGUCAAUGGUAUAAAGGUAAAACAGAAAUCAGGGACAUUAAAUGAUAAAUCUAAAAGUAAAGAAAAGAAGGAAAGUUUAAAAAACAUAAAACUUCUGAAUAGUUCUCAAAAAUCAGCUUUUAGGCCAGUAAGUAAAAAGAAACAAGAAAUGAAACUGUCUGUUUCACAUUUAAUAGGCUCAAAAAAGAAAGCAGAAUCUUCAGGAAAGCAUGAGGACAGCACAAAAACAGUGGAGACGCAAAAGAAGAAAGAUAAUUCUACAAUACCAAAGAAACGAAAAUCAGAAAAUCUUGACUUGACGAUCGAGACUGACAGUGACAGUGAUGCUGAGAUUUUGUAUUCAUUGUCUGAUACUUCUGAUCUAGCUAUAAAUGAUCCAGAUUCUAGUCAUUACCUCUCUAAUACCAUGCCAGGUGUAGAUUCUGCAAGGUCCAAGUCAGAAAGCAGUGUGGAUAAGAGAAAACCAUCACAGAAAGGGAAGAAAAAUAUGGUUAAAAAAUCCAAGUCAACCUCAGAGGCUUCACCAGGGAAGAAAAUCAAACUGCUGGACAGUUUGAAACAAGCCUCGCCUGAGAAACUAGUGAGGCCAGUAUCCCCUACACCAGUGUACACUACAGUUAAACAUACUACAUCUUCAGGCAGCGUGUUACAAUCUAGUCAGCCAUUACUUGCCCAGCCACAGUGGGUGAUAGAUGAUGAUAUAACCCCUGGUACAGCACAGUCAGCCAGUCUACCUAUCAGUCCUGCUUCUAUGUCUUAUAAGGUUUUAUUAGAAAAUCUCCCCCAUCAGCUGCAUCCAAAGAACAAGAAGAAAGCAACUACAGAAACCGUAGCCUCGGAUAUUGAACGACGUGUUAGUGUACGGGCUAGUGAAUGUGCCUUCAAGUACAAGGAAAUAGUGAUCAAAAAAUGUCAAAAAUACACUCAGAUCUGGCUAAAUACACAUACCAAGAUGAAAAAUGCUCUCAAUCCAUUGGUAAUGCAAGAGAUCUCAAUGGCACUGAAUGCAGCCAAGUAUGAUGACAGUAACCUGGUGAUGUUCAGUGGUUUAUGUAAUGUGUUCUGUUCUGGUGUAGAUCUUCAUUACCUAACUGUAGGAGACAAGAAAAUUGCUGCCAGACAGAUGGCAGAUUCUCUCAGGGAUCUUGUCCGAAAGUUCAUCACAUUUCCCAAGUUGAUAGUAGCAGUAGUGACAGGGCCGGCUAUCGGACUGGGCUCGGCCCUGCUGCCAUUAUGUGAUAUAGUAUAUGCCAGUGAUAAAGCAACAUUUUAUAUGCCAUAUGCUCAAUUAUCUCAAACACCAGAAGGAUGUGCAUCUUUUACUUUACCAAAUAUCGUUGGUAUUGCAAUGGCAAAUGAGAUGCUAGUAGGUGGUAGGAAGAUUACAGCCAUUGAGGCAUGUCAACUCGGUUUUGUAUCUCAGGUAUAUUGGCCCACCAGUAUGAUGCAAGAAGUCAUUCCACGGGUACAGCACAUGGCUCUUGUUUCAGGAAAGGUGCUUGAAACAACCAAAUUGUUAGUAAGAAGUCACCAAAGAACAAAGCUUGAUCUCACAAAUGAAUCGGAAUGCAAUCUCCUGGUGGAAAGAUGGCCUUCACCAGAAUGCCAGAGGGCUAUAGAAGAAUUUAUCUCCAAUGACAAAAACUAUAUAUUAUAGUUUAGUGUUCAAGAACAAUGUUUUUAAAAACUAUUUAUUGUAUAAAAUACUAUUUAAAUUAAAUUUUAAUGUCUCGAAGAGGCAAUGACAAUUCAAAUAGUGGUACAUGAAGGUAUUUAUUAAUUUGAAGCUGACUUAUAUACUUUAAACUAUCUAGAUAUCAGGGUUAGAGCUUCAGCUUUAUCUUAUUUUUAAUUGACAUAUUUCAUGGAGAAACAAAGUCAGUAAUUGGGUAACUCCUUUUGUGAUUUUAUAGAAGUUAACCUAAUUACUGCACUGAGGUGACAAAGUACAUCAUUGUUUCUUAUAAAAUACCUCCUCACUUGAAGAGUUCACCUGUAAUUCUAAUGUAAUACAAAAAGCUCAAAGGAGGCAUUCAUUUGAUAAUGAUCUGGCCUCAGGGUUAUCAAACUUUUUUUCUGAGAUCUUUUUUUGAAUUGCUGGAUUUUCAUUGGUCAGUGUGCAUUCUGUGCUUGUUUCUGACCAAUCAAAAUCCUAAGAUGUGAGUUUAAGCUUAAAAAAUUACUUUAUAACCUUGGAUCCUGGCAUUGUUU